ACGCAGCAAAAGGUUUCUUUUUUUCGUUUCCCGAAAACAAGCGCAUGCGAGAUAUUUGGAUUGAAAAAAUCCGACGCAAAAAUUGGAAGCCAGCAAAGAGCUCAAAAUUGUGCUUGCAACAUUUUGAGAGUUCGUGAUUUGUGCAAAAUUUUGAAGCGAUGCAAUCAGUAAGAUGGACAGCAGGACGGCUUCGCCUUAAGAAGGAUGCUGUACCCACGAUUUAUGAAUACUCUGUGGAACCCACAAGUGUAGCAUCUAAAAGGAAGCAGCCAACAAAUGUUAGAACUGCAUUUGAGAAGAGACGAAGGCAAGAGAUUAUUGACGACGUUCUUGCAGAACAUGACGACUUUCCUGUAGACGACGACCAUGAUGUGUCGACAUCGGCUCGAAGUUUUUGUGCGUUUUACCUCAAAGGAAGUUUGUCUAAGAUGAAUGAUGUCAAAAUAUAUGUAGACAGCGAAACACAAACAUAUACAGUAGUAACUAAUUCAGACUAAUGUCGUUUGAACUUUUCUUUGUUACUUUAACUCAUAAAAAAUUCCUUAACGUACCUUAGAAGCGCAAUGUGAAAUGCCAAGCAGCCAUAACAAUCCGUCCGCAAAAAUACGUAAGGUCAAGAACCACUCAAACAAAAGUGCCAAAUAUGAUAAGUAGAGGUAUAGACUUUCCAUUUCGGCCGUUUUGAUUUUUGUGAAAAAUCCAGCAAUACGAUAAUUUUAUGCUAAGGUAGGGAGGUUGAGUUAAUUUCAACAACAAAUCACAGCACACAGUUGACGUCAUGUGAAAUUGAACAUUUUGAGGAUAGCGCUGUAUGGUCUGAUACAGAAAGCACGUCGACGAUGAGCAAUAGCAACAAUGGAUCAGACUCUCAAUGUUCAAAUGAGUUAAGCGAAAAUGAAGAAUCCGACAAUGACAAUGCAACGAAAGAUGCUCAAAAUGAGAGAAAAUACAUAGUGUUUGAUAGUUGCCUGAGACAGUGAGUCAAUGCCCAUGUUGUAGUGAAAGCUGUUCCGUUGUGACCAAAACGACUGGUAAUAUGGUUUACGUACUAGCAAAAUGUCAUUGUGGUUAUGUUCGAGACUGGAAUAGCCAACCUCUGCAUGGGCGAAUGCCUUUGGGUAACUUGGUCUUUGCUGCCUUCAUUUUGUUUAGUGGUAGUAGCCCCAGCAAAGUUCUCUAAUUCCUUCGUCACUCAGGCAUACAAUUUCUGUCAGAGCGCACAUAUAACAAUACUCAAACAGCGUAUUUGAUAUCCAGUGUUUCAAAUGUUUGGCAUAUGAACCAAAAGCAUCUUCUAAAAUCAAUCAGAGAAAGGAACAUUAACCUUGGAUGAGAUGGAAGAUGUGAUUCGCCUGGAUAUUGUGCCAAGUAUGGGUCAUAUAGCUGCAUGGAUUUGGAAUCUAACAACAUUUUAGACACACAACUUGUUCAGUCCAAUGAAGUGACGAACUCUGGAACAAUGGAACUUGAGGAUUAAAGAGAUGUCUGGCAAAUUUUGAUGAAAGUGGGAUGAAGGUGAAGUCAAUGACCACAGACAGACAUGCUGAAAUCAAAUCCUACAUGUCAAAACAAAGACCAAAAAUUGAGCACUACUUUGAUGUAUGGCAUGUAGCAAAAGGAAUCAAAAAGAAAAUUUUGGCAGCAUCAAAAAAAAAAGGGUGCAAAUUAUUGUCGGAUUGGGCCCAAUCAAUUUCCAACCAUGUAUACUGGUGUGCUGCUUCCAGCAAUGGUGAUGAAGAACUUGUCAAGGCAAAGUGGUUGUUAGUUCUCAAUCAUAUAUGUGAUAUCCAUGAGGGACAUAGUGAUGUAUUCCCAAAAUGUGAACAUGAUAUGUUAGAGCUUAGAAUGUGGAUAAAAAAAGGUGCAAAAGCUUAUGUUGAGCUGUCUUCGAUUGUUGAGUCCAAGUAUCUCAUGAGAGAUAUUGGAAAACUCAGUUAUCAGAAGCAGACUUCAUCCAUCGAAGGUUUCCACCGAGUGGUGAUUCUUUUUGCACCAAAACAUACCCAUUUUUUCCACAGAUCAAUCGAAGCAAGAUUGUUUAUUGCUGCUCUUCAUUUCAAUGAGAAUGGAAAUAAACCUCAGAAAACGAAGAAUGGUGGGCAAACAGAAGAGGCAUUGAUUUGGAGAGUGGCUUAUUCAAAAUCAAAAGAAGGACAAGGGGUCAUCAAACCAGUGAAAGUUGACAGCACUUAUGGAUAAGUUAAGACUUGAUGAAAGAAGUUUUGUACUGCAGACGCAUUAAUCCAACACUCUCCAAAGCUCUUGAUGUCGCUGGAGUGAAAGAAAUACCUGUCCCAUUGACUCACCACAAAUCAAAAGUCAGCAAAGCUGAAGCCAUUAAGCAACAUAAAUCUCGCUUUAAUAAAUAAAAAGAAAUAACGUCCCACAUGAAAUAAACGUAAUUACAAAUGAA